AAUUGCUGUAGAAAUCAUCAGUUCCUCAACACCUGAUUCCAACGACGAUCAACAACAAACAACAAUGAAAUUCCUCAUUCUUUUGGGAGCUAUUGCCAUGGCUUCGGCCGUUGACUUCGAGAUCCAGAACAACCUUCCCGGAGCCAUCUGGGUUGGUAUUUUGGGAAAUGGUGGUAAGGCUCCAUUGGCCAAUGGUGGCUUUGUUUUGGAAGCUUAUGCCUCCAGGACUGUGAGCAGUGAUGACCAAUGGGCUGGCCGUUUCUGGGCCCGUACCUGGUGCGACCCCAACACCCAGCACUGCCAGACUGGUGACUGUGGAAACCGUCUCGAGUGCGCCGGAAACGGUGGUGCCCCACCAGUAUCCCUCGCUGAAAUCACCCUCCGUGGAUGGCAGGGACAAGAUUUCUACGACAUCUCCUUGGUCGAUGGUUACAACGUAAAGGCUUCGAUUGAACCCAUCAAUGGUAACGGUGACUGCAAGGCUGUCCGUUGCGCUACUGAAAUCAACGACAUCUGCCCCGAUGAUUUGAAACAGGCUGGUGGUGACCAUGGUGAAUACACCGUUGCUUGCUUCAGCUCCUGCGCCAAAUACAACACUGACGAAUACUGCUGCCGUGGAAACUGGGGUCUUCCCACCACCUGCGACCCCAACACCUGGGCCGUCAACUCCGCCACUGUAUUCAAACAGGCUUGCCCAGAUGCGUACAGCUACGCUUACGAUGACUUGACCAGCACCUUCACUUGCGUCUCCAACCAUUACAAGGUUACUUUCGGUUAAACUGAUUAGGAUUACGAUAAAACUUCACAAUAUGUUUACAAUAUUGUCUCUUAAUUCAAUAAAAUGAUUCAUUCAAAAUUAAA